AUGUUUGCACUUGCAGAUCAGUACGAGAUUCCAGAUUUGAAAAAUUUAGCUGCAGAAAAGUACUCUUCUAGAUGCACCGCAUCACGAACUCUGGAGCUUCUAGUGUCACUCCGAAAUGUUUAUGAAACCACCCCUUCUAGUAUCAGACGGCUGCGCGACACGGCCUAUAUGGCUGUCCGAAAGCAUUUGCCAGAAAUUCUCAGGAACGAGGAAGCCGCGGAAAUGUACGACAAGAUCCUUUCUGAAAUUCCCGAGUUCACAAAAGAUUUAUUGAGAUGUUACACUAGCAAUCCUGUAUAUGGGCAUUGCCUAUCAUGUUGCUCGCAUCAACCUAUGGAACCAUUGCAGGGAAGGUGCAAGAAAUGUAAGAAAGGCAGUGUGCUUCACGGCUGGUAA